GGUCGUCCGGUAUUCUCUCGCUAUAAAAUCCCCCCGCCCGAUAUCACUCCUCCGUAUUUAGUCUCGUUGAGAGCUUCGCUCAGCAGCUUCGAUCACAACGCGAUGGAAAAUCUUAAGUAUUUAUCGGGCUUCGGCGGGGAAUUCGCCAGCGAGGAUCCUCGUUGCCCGGGCUCGCUUCCGGCCGCUCAGAACACACCGCAAAAGUGUCCGUACGGUCUUUACGCCGAACAACUGUCCGGCACGGCGUUUACCGCGCCGAGAGGAGAAAACAAGAGGACGUGGUUUUACAGAAUGAGACCAUCCGUUUGUCACGGUCCUUACAAACAUGAUCCGAAAUUAGCGUCCAGGCUUCGACGAGAUUGGGACAAAACUUUGCCUGAUCCAAAUCCGCUUCGUUGGAGAGCAUUCGAGUUGCCUGGUGGUCAAGAAACCGUGGACUUUGUGGACGGUCUUCAUACGAUUUGUGGGGCCGGUGAUCCGAGUUUGCGAAAUGGAGCGGAGAUUCACGUUUAUCUGUGCAACGUUUCCAUGGGAGAUAAAGCCUUUUAUAACGCCGAUGGAGAUUUCCUCAUCGUGCCUCAGCUCGGAGAACUGGAAAUCGCUACCGAGUUCGGCAAGAUCCGAUGCAAACCGGACGAGAUCUGCGUGAUCCAACAGGGAAUGAAGUUCUCCGUGGGGGUUUCCGGCCCCUCGAGAGGCUACGUUCUCGAAGUUUAUGACAACCAUUUUCAACUGCCGGCUCUUGGACCGAUCGGAGCGAACGGCCUUGCUCAGCCUCGAGAUUUCCUGACUCCCGUUGCCUGGUACGAGGAUCGCGAGGUCCCUUACAAAAUCGGUUGCAAGUAUCAAGGCAAGUAUUUCGAGGCGUCGCAGGAGCACAGUCCGUUUGACGUUGUCGCAUGGCACGGAAAUUACGUCCCCUACAAAUACGAUCUGGCACGUUUCAUGGUCAUCAAUUCCGUCUCGUUUGACCAUUGCGAUCCAUCCAUCUUCACAGUCCUGACGUGCCCGUCGUCCAAACCCGGAACCGCCGUCGCCGAUUUCGUUAUUUUUCCUCCGAGAUGGUCUGUGCAGGAGAACACUUUUCGUCCGCCGUACUAUCACCGAAAUUGCAUGAGCGAAUUCAUGGGUUUGAUCAAGGGUCGUUACGAAGCGAAGGAGGAAGGAUUUCAAGCUGGAGGAGCUUCGUUGCACACCAUGAUGACACCGCAUGGACCGGAUGCCCAGUGUUUUGAAGCUGCAUCGAAAUGUAAAUUGAAGCCAGAACGCGUCGCCGAUGGUACAAUGGCGUUUAUGUUCGAAACGUCAUUGUGUUUACGUUUGACCGAGUGGGCUUUGAGCACCGAAAGCCUUGACAAAGAUUAUAAUCUCUGCUGGCAGGGACUCCAGAAACAUUUCGACAAAUCCAAUGGCCUUGAGUGAUAAAUUGAACUCAGUCGCCGAUUUUUCAAAAUCAAAUACUUCGUGAGCUUGAAUUCGAUUAUUAUUUGUGGUUUUAUGGUGCAUUUUUAAAGUUUGUUUUAUUUUUGUUGGUUAAUCGUGCUUUCUAUAUGCAAUAAUGAAAAACAACCGUUUUUACUCUCGUGUUUUUCAUCAUUUAAUCGUAAUGGAAUAGCGUAAUUUGUAAUAAAUGAGUUUUAGAACUUAAUAGAGUACACACAGUCACUAGGUA